GCAACGAGGUCCGUGCUGGGCCAACAACCCUUGGGGCUCGGGCUACGUUCCCGGGCACGUGCAUGCCGACGAGCCAGUGCAUUCGACCGGUAAAGAGUGGCCUCGCCCGCUUGAAGGCCCCGAGGUUCUGUGGCUUCAAACGGCUCAUGCCCAUGGUGUGCUGCCCAGAUUCUGCAUACGGAUCAGGAGGACCAUCACCAUAUGGUCCUUACCAGCCCUUGCCGCCUUAUGGUAGUGGCGGCCGGGCAUAUCCUCAUUGGCCGAACUACUACCCUCCAGGACCAUCACCCUAUGUUCCUCACCAGUCCUUGCCGCCUCAUAAUGGUGGCGGCCAAGGAUAUGCCAAUGGGCCGGUCUACUACCCUCCAGAUGCAGGACCAUCUCCGUAUGUUCCUCACCAGUCCAUGCCGCCUCACGGUGCUGGCGGCUGGGGAUAUCCCAAUGGGCCUAACUAUUAUCCUCCAGGCGUGGGACCCCAGCAGGCACACGGGAACUCCUACGGAACCGGGCCGGUCUCGCCUCAUCGGGAAAGCAGUGGUGGCGUACCUCAAGGUCCAGCUGUUACCCACGGAUCGGUAACACCGUGGAAACCUACAAAUCCGUCAGGACCACAAGUUCCCCCAGAUUCCAGACAAAACAGACAAGCGGCCAGCACUGGACGACGAAAGCGAUCCUUACGGGGAGGAGUCCGGUGACGACGCGCCAUGUGACGACUGCGAGGACGACUCCCACAGCGAAUAAUCAACCUGAGAACAAGAAUGAACUGCGCAAGACGGUAUUGGACGACCCGCUAUGGGAUCAUCGCACGCUGUAGCAUCACCUCACGUUGUUGCCUAGGCAGAACUCUUCUUUUUUAAUUACUUGCAACCUGUCCGAGAAGACACGCAUCGACAAGGCUUCAGAGCAGAAACUACCUGUAAUCUGCAUUUUUCAACAGUCGCCAGAAGUAAAUUAAUAAAACAGCGGCAUUAAAGCAGAGAACACCCUUAUGUUACUACUGCUGUUUGACGAAAGAGAAAUAAAAGCUUACACAUUCACGUA